AUGCCAGCUCCAUACGAAAAGGGUUCCGAAAAGAAGGGUGCCACUCUCUUCAAGACCAGAUGUCUCCAGUGCCACACCGUUGAACAAGGCGGUGCCCACAAGGUUGGUCCAAACUUGCACGGUAUUUUCGGCAGAAAGUCCGGGUUGGCCGAAGGUUUCUCUUACACCGAUGCCAACAAGAGAAAGGGUGUCACUUGGUCUGAACAGACCUUGUCCGACUACUUGGAAAACCCAAAGAAGUACAUCCCAGGUACUAAGAUGGCCUUCGGUGGUUUGAAGAAGCCAAAGGACAGAAAUGACUUGAUCACUUACUUGGCUGCUGCCACCAAAUAG